GUGACUGCUCGGGCAUCCUAUCUCUUCCUCACAACAAUUUUGAGAGACUGUGGAUGUGGGGGCCACACAGAGGAUCAAGCCUCUUCUAAUUCACCUCCCAGAUUUUAGAGAUAAAAAGAGAAAUCUCUUCCAUCUGUCACAUGCGUGAGUAUUUAUACAAUCUUGACUAUGGCUUUUCGUAAUCGUCAGUCCAUGAUACAAUGGAUGCAAACACCAGGGAUAAUACCCAAUUGUCCACCCGGAUUGGAAUAUCUGACUCAGAUAAAUCAGUUACUAGUGUGUCAACGUUUCGAUCUUCUGGAAGUUCUCGGUUGUUUUGCAACUAGUAAAAAAUAUGAAGUCAUGAACAAUCAAGGACACAGAAUUUAUUAUGCAGAAGAAAGAAGUAAUUGUUUUCUCCGAUAUCUCUGUGGACCUUCAAGACCUUUUACCAUGACAAUUUAUGAUAAUGUAGGCCGUGAUGUCAUUACUAUGCAUAGAACUCUAAGAAGUAGCUGUUGCUGGAGAAACUGCUAUGUACAAAAGGACUACAUGUACUUUGAACACUGGCCAUAAGUUUUGCCAGCUUUCAGCAAAAUUAAACAACUUUCACUGAGAAUAUUUAAAUAAAGUUUUAUUUCACUAUAAUUAUUUGUAUAAAUUUCUUCUGCAUAAUAAACCACACCACAAUUUAGGAACUUGAAGCGAUCAUUUUAUUUAGCCCAGGAUUCUGCUGUACAGUUCUCCAGGUCAAGACCUUGUUCACUCUUGCGUGUACAGUCAGUUAACAGAUUGCUUGGGGACUCUCUCAUCCCAGGUGGCCUCAUUCAUAUGUUGUCCGAGACAAUAGGAGCACCAAGCCUCGUAUUUUACAUCAUCUAGGAGGCUAGCCAAAGCUUCUACACAUGAUAACUAACUCUGUUACAAAGGCAUCAGGAACACAAGCUCAAUGUUCAAGCUCAU